AUGUUUCAUUUUGAACAGCAUCAAGCUACAGUAUAUUUAACUUCAGAGCAAGAUGCUGAUUUGAUGGACUCGAACAUCCCAUGGAUUCAACCCGAGCAAUUCUGUCCGGCGACUGACCUCUGGCAGCGCCUCUGGGAGAUCGUCGAAAAGGGCGAAAACGGUGAAAAUGGCGGCUCUGCUCAAAACGCGCCACAAAACACGAACAUCAAAGGCUACGCCGAGCACUCAGCUGCUGAGCUGGCCGAUUUGAGGAGGAAGAAACUCGAGCGAUUAAAUUCGGUCGGAAUUAAUGAACUUUCGCCGCUGACAAGGGUCGCUUUUGGCGGCGUCCCAGUCAGUCCGCUGCCGAGGCAUGAAGCGGGACUGCCGGUUUGGGCGCUACCGACGAGAACGAGAUAUUUACCCGGCUUUGAUGGACUCCAUGAUGAAAUACUCGACUAUUACAGAUGGAUUCAGCAGACGCCAGAGGAAUAUAUCAUGCGAUACGAGGUGGUGUCUCGAGUGCAACAAGUUAUAGCAAAGCUCUUCCCCGGCUCAAAAGUAGAAAUCUACGGCAGUUUUCAAACCCGACUGAAUCUCCCCACUUCCGACAUCGACAUGGUCAUCUGCGACUUUGAAAGUUCCAAUCUUAACCAGCAACCUUACGAAGCGCUGAGGAUAGCGCUCAUUGAGGCAAAAAUUGCGGAGCCGCUCACGCUAAAAGUUUUGAUGGGCGCUUCUGUUCCUAUUGUCAAGAUGCGAGAUUUGUUGUCAGACAUCAAGGUCGAUAUCUCCUUCAAUGUCAAAACUGGAAUCCAAUCUGUUUCACUCAUCAAGACCUUUAUCCGCGAGUACCAAGUCCUCCCCGUCCUGGUCCUCGUUCUCAAGCAGUUCCUCCUGCAACAAAAUUUAAACGAAGUCUGGACCGGCGGUAUUUCUUCCUAUGGUUUGAUUCUAAUGGUCCUCUGCUUCCUCCAAAAUCAUCCGCGAGGCGCUCAAGCGACAAGUCCCGAAAACGCGAAUCUUGGACUCCUUCUCAUCGAGUUUUUGAGCUCUACGGCAAAAACUACAGUUAUGAAAACUGCUCUAUCAGAGUAA